AUGGAAGAUUCAGCAAAAAGGGCCGUCGUGCGUUCGGCGCCCUACAGCUUCCGCCCACCCAGCCCGCCGAUGAUCCACAUCCCUCUUCAGCCGCACUACGGCGCUGAAAGGCACAGCAUUCUGCCUUCGCAUCGCCCUGUCGAGUUCGCACGGCUCACUGACGAUGAAUUCGCCAUCAUCACCGGCAACAGGACCCAGACCGCUCAAUAUCGAGAGGGCUGGCCAUACGAGUGGCGCAGAGACGCGCAUUCCAUCCUCGAUUUCCUCUACCUGGGCCCGACAAGCGUGAUCCGAGAUGACGAGUUUAUGCAGCGAGAGGCCUUCACCAUGAUGAUCAUUGUCCGUGAUGCUCGAGCCCCCAGAGACUAUCCCAGCGCGCGAGCGGUGUCCGCAAGGCUUGGCAUUUCACAAGUCUACAUCGACGUCAGCCCAGAGAAUCAGCUUCCAUCGUUCUACAAAAUGGUCAAUCAAGUCAAUGACCAUCUGUUGAAUGUAAAUGGCCCUCAAGCGAGUGGAUCAGAGGACGCCUCGCAACGUGUUCGGAGACCGAUGGGCAAGAUUCUAGUUACUUGCGACUCUGGCAACGAUCUCUCACCUACUUUGGUGGCCGCCUAUCUCAUACUCAUGUAUGGGCUGACGAUGGAAUCUGGCUUUGGAUACGUCAUUUCGCAAAGAUUCUGCUGUGUAUUCGACGGGAAGUCGAAAGAAGCUCUGCGGACGUGGCAGGAGCUGAUUGAAGCCAGCGCUGCUGUGGCCAGCAAUUCGCAGCAUCAUGCAGAUGCAGUGGGACCGGCUUCUCACACUAAAGCUAAAGAAAAUUCAAAACGCCGCCUUGACACCAUGUUGAGCGAAGAGAAAACAUAUGUAGACUGUUGGCCAGUUGGCGACUGCGAGCGAUUUGAGGGCCGACCAACCUUUGUACCGUUUAUGGAACUUGACGGUUGA